GCCAGGGCAGCACGGCUGUAUUAUAUAACUUUGAUGUACUCACGGGUUUAAUGGCGCAACAGCAGAAUAUCGCACCGCAGAUCUGUGGAAUCGUUGCGGGAUUAUCCUGAAAUAGCGAGCGAGGAAGCCAUCUAUCACUUUUUUUUUUUUUUUUUUUUUUGGUUUGUUAUUGCCCCUCAUACCGGGCGGCGCGCGUUAAAAGUUAUCGACAGAUCCGGCCGAGCGGCGCGCACACGGCUCGGAUCUCGACCAGGUCAGCGACGUUGUGUUGACUUUGAGUUAUAAAAGAGUUGCUUAUUGCGGACGAUGUGUCCCUGCAGCACGGGGAGAGAGGCGGCGACGACGGACCCAGCAGCUGACAUUUCACCGCGCGACACUGCCGCGAGGACGGGGUUUUAAUCGUGUAGGAAAUCGUGUGUGCGUUAAAUUUUUUUUAUUUUUUUUCUCUCUCCCACCCCCCUCAUAUGUUUUCUCACUUGGACUGACGGGAGAUGACCUAACUGGCAGGAGCGCAUCCUCCCACUACAGGAUAAAGAAAUGGAUCAGGGUGGACUGAAGCGCAACGGUAAUCGAGACGACAGCCUGACAUUUGGGGAGACAGCAGCCGGAGUAUGCAGGGAUGCAGGUGACACAGCUGGUCCACUGCUCCAGACUGCAACACACCCGCCUGGCCCCGGGUCUCUGCCACAGCCCACAGUGGGCCCAAACGGAGGGUGUGGAACCAAAGAGCAGGGGGAGCUGGGAGGCCUCUUUGACUCCCCUCAGCAUCGUGUCCUGUGUGAGGGGUCAGACCUGGAGGAGGGUAAAAUCACUAGAAUGACGAAACAAAACCAGGAUAUCGGCGGAUUCAACGUGGAGGGCAACUUGGCGCUGCUGAAACGCAGCAUUUCCGCUCUCGACCGGACGGCCACCUCUGUCAUCAGCACCUCGGUGUCCUCCAUCCUGGGCAACCUACCCCUGCCAGACCUUUUCCCGCUGCACAUCAAGCAGGAGGCAAAUUUUUCUCUGGAUAAAGACCCGGAAACUUACAGCGGACACUCAGGCACUGGCCCUUGUGACUUGGAUGGCAACAGCGGCCGCCAAAUGGAGGAUAUCGAGAUUUGGCAAGACCUGGACCUUCCUACUUCCCUGCCAGAAAUCAGCGAUUUUGAUUUGGAUUCAGAAGUGGCACACUUGGAUAACAUCCUACAUGACAGCAGGGGCGGCGGCGGGGGCAAUGGUGGCUCCGUCAGCGGCUUGCUAAAGGAAACGAAGCCUCUCAUGGGUAACGGAGUGAACUGUGGCAGUGUGAAUGGCUCGGAUCAGCAGCACCACCCCAUACACCAGCAGCACCAGCAGCACCCCCUUCUACAGCACCAGCACCAGCAACAUCAGCUUCACCAUCAACAGCCGCCGACAUCACUUCUCUCCAGCGUCAUGAUCAAGGAAGAGAAGGAUCCGGACGACUCUUUCAUCCACAUCCGUACUCCUGGGGUUGUCAAACAGGAGAAGCAGGAGAGCGCCGGUUUCUGCCAGGCGCAGGCGUGUCUCCAGAGCGGCAUGAGCUCCCUCCAUGGAGGCGGCCCCAUGUCCUCAUCCAUGGGCGUAGGAGUAGGAUCUAACUACCACUACAGGGCCAACGCGUCCUCCACAGUGGGCCUACAAGACCAGGAGCCUUUUGGCAUGUACCCAAACCUGCCUCUGGUGGGGGAGAGCUGGGCCAGGGGGAACAGAUUUGGAGAGUCAUCCGGUCUACAGAGGGGGGACGAUGGGCUCCCCUCUGCUGCAGCCCUGUCAAGUUUUUCUGUCAGCUUCUCCAGCUCAUCACCCAGAGCUGGAGAGACUGGCAGUUCUGCGGUUCCAGGCCAAUCCAAGCCUGGUGGGCAGACGCAUAAGAUCUGUUUGGUGUGUUCUGAUGAGGCCUCAGGAUGCCACUACGGGGUCGUGACCUGCGGCAGCUGCAAGGUGUUCUUCAAGAGGGCCGUCGAAGGCUGGAGAGCGAGACAAAACACAGAUGGUCAGCACAACUACCUGUGUGCAGGGAGAAAUGACUGCAUCAUUGAUAAGAUCCGGAGGAAGAACUGUCCAGCCUGCCGCUUCAGGAAAUGUCUUAAAGCCGGAAUGAAUUUGGAAGCGAGGAAGAACAAGAAGAUGAAGAACAAACCUCCCAGCAUGCCCGUUGCAGUCAUCCCCAGGCCAAUGCCCCAACUCGUGCCCACCAUGCUGUCCGUGCUCAAGGCCAUCGAGCCAGAGGUCAUCUACUCGGGCUAUGACAGCACUCUGCCUGAUACCAGCUCGCGGCUCAUGACCACUCUGAACAGGCUGGGGGGACAGCAGGUCAUCUCUGCAGUGAAGUGGGCAAAGUCUCUGCCAGGUUUCCGCAACCUGCACCUGGAUGACCAGAUGACAUUGCUGCAGUGCUCCUGGCUGUUCCUCAUGUCCUUCAGUCUUGGUUGGAGGUCUUAUGAGCAUUGUAACGGGAGCAUGCUCUGCUUCGCCCCUGAUCUCGUCAUCAACAAAGAGCGUAUGAAGCUGCCCUUCAUGACCGACCAGUGCGAGCAGAUGCUUACAAUCUGUAAUGAGUUCGUCAGACUGCAGGUGUCCUAUGACGAGUACCUGUGCAUGAAGGUCCUGUUACUGCUCAGCACAGUACCAAAAGAUGGCCUGAAAAGCCAGGCGGUGUUUGACGAGAUCCGGAUGACGUACAUCAAGGAACUGGGAAAAGCCAUCGUUAAGAGAGAGGAGAACGCUAGUCAGAACUGGCAGCGUUUCUACCAGCUAACUAAGCUACUGGACUCCAUGCAGGAGAUGGUCGAGGGUCUUCUCCAGAUCUGUUUCUACACUUUUGUGAAUAAAACCCUGAGUGUGGAAUUCCCAGAGAUGCUGGCAGAGAUCAUCACCAACCAGAUACCAAAAUUCAAAGACGGGAGCGUCAAGCCUCUUCUGUUUCAUCAGAAAUGACUGCCUUAAACUGUGAAGCAAUGCCUUAAAUCCUGCCCUGCCCAUCUACCUUUCCGGGGCACUAAGCUUUCGCCCCAAGCCCUAAGCCUUUGCCUGUCCUGCCUCUCCCAUCACUAGGAUUCAAUUGCUUCGUUUUCCCAGGCCCCCUUUAGGAAUCUGCCACACACCCCCAGGCCUCAGCCAUUCAGCCUAAUCAAGGAGCACAAUACCUCUUCAUGCCUCCCAAUCUGGUCCCAGGUUGGGCCAAACUAGGGUAGGACAUCCUACCACCGACCCAUUGCUCUUUCUCUUUGGUAACCAAGAAGAAAUUGUCCUCCAGGGGAAAUAUGUUGGCUCUGAAUGUCUUGUGGACAGGGUGCAUUUUAGGGGAUCUAUUUUUUUAUUUUUCCAACCCCCUCACCAUGUCCUACAUCCAGGGUCUGUCCUCAGGUUUCUGAUGCUGUUUCUUUUAUUGGCCGCCUGCCUCCAGUGUUUUAUUGCUGUUUUACUGACAAGCUUACACCUAGAAACACCUUUUCCGUCCUCAUCAUGACACCUAAUAAACUGUCCAACUCGCCGGAUUAGUAGCCUAUUGAAGCUCCCUCCAAGCUCAAGCCUACUGUUCCUCUGAUCACCUGCCCAGCUUGUCUCUGUUUGCCCUUCCCAUCUCUACUGCGCAGAGAAUGUAGUGAGUGUUCGCUUUAUUGUGGUUUCCAGAGGACUGUUGGCAAUGAAUGGGGAUAAACAAAAAUACAAAGAAUUUAAACAAACCCUAACAUAAGAGAAUCUUUUUCUUUUUUUUUUCUUCUUCUUCUGGACAAUGAGGACAAACUGUUUUCAGCUGUGCAUCAGUUAUCAUUUCUGAAAUUAUAUGAAUCAGAUUUAUAUACAUGACCAAUGGAAGAAAAAACAACAGCUAGGGGAAUUUUCAUUUAUUUAAGGCAGACACGCAUUUCUGACCACAGAUGCAAAAGUCACGCUUAUACACACAAACAUUCAAAGUAUUCACAGACACAUUCACUCAAUAAAAUGUUUACACAGGGAUUCUGAGAAGGGAAAAAAAGUGCCUUUUAGCUUUUAAAGCUCUUCAUAGCCAUCCUCUCUAAACCGUGUUUGUUUGCAUAUGAAUCUAACCUUGACAAACACAUUUUUUUCUGUUUUUAUUUUCCAUGAUGGUAAUUUCAGUUUUUCUUUCCAAGUAGUCAUUUUUGGUGUUUUAAUUCUGGGCAGCUCUCUCUGUUCUGUUCCCCAGACAUGUAUGUAAGGAAGGCAGCCUAUGGUACAGCUUAACAAUGCGUAGAGUAGUAUGACAUAUUAAGAUCUUCAUUUUUUAGAUCAUUAAGAGUUUUAGAAUCACAGAAAAAGACAGGGAAAGUAUACAAAUGUAAAUGUUUAAGUUCCCAAACACAUUUUUGUGUGUGUGUCUCUUUUUUCAAAUCAGUAUCACAUUGUUACACAAAGUUACAGUACCCAGAUUUUAUCAACAAAUAUAAUGUUGAAUACACAUCCAAAUACUUUAACAAGGUUGUGACAAGAAGCAGCCACAAUGGUGAUAAAUGGACACCACUGGAAUUAAACAAGGCAUAUCGGAGGUUUUGCUAUAUUUAGAGGCAGACUGACAGAAUGUAACAUUCGGAUUGAGAUCUUGGAUUAAUGAGUGAGUUAAUUUGAAUCAAAUUGUCUUCAAAACCUUUGCUAUUUAUUCACAUGCAAUCGCACAGAUAGAGAACUAAAUUGCCUUUAAAAAAAAACUUCCAAGGCUUCUGUGUCAUAGUAAAUAGCCAUAAUGAUUCAAACAAGCCUGGUUUGAAGUCAAUACCCUCCUUUCAUUGCCGGCUGCAAUCAUACUGAGGUUCUAGUUUAGUAACUUUAAGAUGUGGUUUUAUGAAUUUACCUUGGAACGAAUUCCCCCACCCAAGAAAAUACAGUAAAGUCCAAUAUAAAUGAAAAUGAUUUCAUGGUGAACUGUCAGGAUUUUCAAAUAUGGUAAUUUGCUAGACAAUUCUCAACCCUCUAAAUACCUACAAGUGUAUUAAUUGACUAACUUGUUUUUUUCCAGACAUAAUUAACUUCAGCAUGUAGUACUCCUGAUAGGUAAACAAAAAUGAUAUUAUUUGUGACAAAAGCAUUGUGUUUCACUCAAAAUACCAUUUUAAAUUAUAUAUAUAUUUUCUCAAAUUAUUUUCACAAACAGGAAGUGGGUUAACUUUAAGUUGUUGGUCUAAACAUGGCUGAAAAGAUGAUUCUAUUAUAUGUAUUUGUUUUGUUUAUGAUAUAUAAAAAUAGAGACAUCUAUAUUCUAUGGAACCUUGUUCGUCGCACAAGAUUUCACCUCUAAAGUUGAAAUAUUUUUGGAAGAAGAUACAGUUUGGUCCAAAUAAUUUGUGAAUCAAAGCUCAGGCUAUGAGUGACUACAUCACUCUGAUGUGUUCCACUAGUGCCAAAUGUUAAAUCAAGUUUUUAUAUGUCUUUUCCUGGAGAUGUGAAAGAGUGAUUAUUCAGUUGUUACGUGGUUUUUGUAAAUUUGCUUGAUGGUGCUCAUUUAUGAGAAAGAUAUUAGUUCAGUGUCACACCUACACCAGCUUAAAUAUACGGAUUGUUAUCAUCCAAGUUAAGUGUAUGAGUGGCUUUGUUUUGGAAAUGCACAAAAUAUUGUAUUUUUGAAAUUGCAAAGUAAGCAGUAAUAUCUACUGCUGUCAAACUGGUGGUGGUGGUCUGCAUUUGGUACAUUUCUAAUGUAAAAACAUGUUUGUACCAGCUAAUGUUAUGACCAAAGCAAAAUGCAUUAACAGUAAAGUUGUACAUUAGCUUCAGCUGGAAGGGCAAACACAGUGCUCCUCUCAACCCCCCUCCCCACCCCCUC